UUUAACUUAAGAAACAUUUUCCUUUUUAUGUAUUCAUAUCAAAAAUCAUCAAAAUCAUUUUGUCCUUGUCAAAAUAUCAAAUAAUGCCACUUCACAAGUCUUUUAGAACUAGUGCAUCAAGUACAAGAUCUCGUGGAAUUAAAAUAAACAAUUCCAACGAUUCAUUUAUAGAUCGCCAGGAAUCGGAUAACACAGUUAUUAAAAACAAUUUUGCCUCUUCGUAUAUGGCAACUUGUAAAAAGAAUAAUACUCGACCAUUACAGUAUAUAAAAAUAAAUGAAAAAAAAUCUUUGGUUGAAAUUUCUGGUGAUCGCAUGAAAUCCGAUGAUUGGAAAGAUGUUAUGGAAGCACUUAGUACUGAUACAACUACUCAUCACGUUCUCAUAAAAAACAGACGUCAUUCACACAACAGUGUUACAAGUUAUAGAACUUUUAGUGUAUCAUUGCUACCCAAGAGUAUUUCAACUUGUUCAAAUGUUCUAGAUGUAACAAAUAUCAUUGCAAAUUCUCUUCAUCAAAUGUUGGUUAAAUCGCUCGCAAUCACAUGUUUAGAAUUACAAAAUAUUCUAUUUACUACUGAUGCUCUUGAAGUUCUUAUAAUUGGAAUAAAAAAUAAUGAAAAUCUUCAACAUUUAUCUUUAGCUUAUUGUCGUAUUAGUGAUAAUGAGUGUAUAUCACUUUGUAGAAUAUUGAAAGAUAAACCAAAUUUACGGUCAUUAGAUCUUACUGGAUGUUCUUUAAGCCCUUUAGCAGCCGAAUUAGGCCUACAAGUAUUGAUUAAAAAACAACAGAUGAAAAGACACGAAGAAUGUUGGAUACAUUCAUUACGAUCAAGAUAUGCUAAUCCAGAUGUAAUGCAUGGGAUACGCAGGUUAACGUUAAAUAAUAACUCAACACUGGGCGACUAUGGAGCAACAUUCCUACUAGAAAUAUUAAAAGAUGAUUUUUAUGUAAAAGCUUUAGACAUACAAAAUUGUGGUUUAUCUGAUCAUGGAGCUCAAAUGGCGUUAUCCACUUUAAUGGUCAACAACACUUUAGUUAUCCUAGAUUUGAGAAAAAAUAUAAACAUAUCAACUUCAAUGUUAGAAAAAAUAAUGUCAAGAUUAUAUGAGAACAAUAUCAAUAAGGAAGACAUGAAAAAAUGGAAAUGGACUAAAUUGGGAUCAGAAAGUGCAUCAAAAUAUUCAAGUUCAUUUGUUUAA